AUGGUAAUGGGAUGGUCGGAGGACGGACCACGGACCACGGAGGACGAAGUCAACCUGCGGAAGCAGCAAUUGCCAUUGCCAUGGCGCAUCUUCGAAGUGCCGCAGGCGAUCAUUAAGUGCUCAGGAAUAAUCUCAAUUUUCUGCGAGGAUGACGACACUGACCACGGCAACCUGAAUGAGGAGGCGCUGUCGCUGCCCAAUGUAAACUCCUACAUUUUGGAGAAGGUGCUCACAUGGGCCAUGUAUCACCACGAGGUCAAGGAAAUCACGGACUGGGACGAAGACUUUAUCAAUAUGGACACGUGCACGCUGAUCGAUCUGGUGGCUGCAGCCGAUUACCUGGACAUACCGGACCUACAGAGUCUCGCUUGCCGGGCUGUGGCCAACCUGGCGAAGGAGGACGACUACGACAGCGCGGAGACCUCCCGCCAAAUCUAG